UUGGAAAAUUCAGUAUUUGCUAGUAAUUCCUCACUAAUCUAAUUAAAUAUGCUCAUCUUGCAGUUGGGUUUAUCUUGGUGUUAGCCUCGCUUGCCCUGCUUGGCGUUCAGCAGCAGGCUACACGGCAUCCUGCCCUCGUUUGCUGUGGAGUGCAGAGUUAGGGCGAGAAGUUACGUGGUGGCUUGGAGCGUCCCCCGUCUUCUCUCCACCCUCGUCUUCUCUCCGUUCUCCUCUGCUCGACGUGGCUGCGAUGGAAGCGUUGGUUAAACCCCGCUGAUCCGACUCCCGCCAGGCGAAGGGGGACCGGCCCCUGCUCAGGAGAGGCGCUGUGGGGCCGGGGGAGCCCCGGCAGGGCCGGGCAGGCUCCACUUCCCCCGCUCCCGGUCCCGCCGCCACAGCCGUCGCUGCGCCGAGAGGGGCGGCCGCCCUCGCUCGAUGCGCUCGGAGCUCGGCCGGGCGAGCGCUCGGGCGCGGCUGGAGCUGCCUGGCGGCCGCCCGGUGAGGCGGCGGCGGCGCGGCGCGGCCAUGCGGGGCCUGGCGCGGGCCCUGUGGAGGGCGGCGGCGGCCCGGCGAAGGGGCGGCGGUGCCGGGGCGCGGUCCUGGGGCUGGGGGCUGGCGCUGGGGCUGGCCAUGGGGGUGAAGGUGCCGACGCCGGCGGGCUGCGAGGCCGACGGCGGGCAGGAGGCGGAGGUGAAGCCGCUGCCGCCCCCUCGGGGCUUCGGCGCGGCCAUCGAGAGGAGCCGGGACCUGGUGCGCAGGAUUAAGGAUGAAGCAGGAAUCCCAGGUAUACUAGUUGGAGUUUCUGUAGAUGGAAAGGAAGUCUGGUCGGAAGGUUUGGGUUAUGCUGAUGUAGAGAAUCGUGUAGUAUGUAAGCCAGAGACAAUCAUGCGAAUUGCUAGUAUUAGCAAGUGUCUUACGAUGAUGGCUGUUGCUAAGUUGUGGGAAGAGGGGAAACUGGAUUUAGAUGCUCCGGUGCAGAAAUACGUCCCUGAAUUUCCAGAAAAAGUCUACGAGGGUGAAAAGGUCGCUAUUACUACAAGGCUGUUAGUUUCCCACUUGAGUGGGAUUCGUCACUAUGAAAAAGAUAUUGCAAAAGUAAAGGAAGAGAAGGAAAAGGCAAACAGAGCAUUUAAACUAACAAAGCCCUAUCAGGAUAAAGAACAAAAAGAAGAAGGCGGCAAAGGGAUUGAAAAGACUGAUUCUGUCAAACCGAGGAAAGAACACGAAGGUGAGGUAAAAAGCCGAAAUUCAAAACCUGGCAAGAGAGACAAGGAAUUUGAGCAAGAAGAGUAUUAUUUGAAGGAAAAAUUUGGAAGUGUGAUUGAAUCACUGAAGAUAUUUAAAAAUGAUCCCUUAUUCUUUAAACCAGGUGAUCAGUUCUUGUAUUCAACAUACGGCUUUACUCUCUUAAGUGCUGUUGUGGAGAGAGCUUCAGGACAAAAAUUUACAGAUUAUAUGCUAAAAAUGUUUCGCGAUUUGGAUAUGCUGUCAACUGUACUGGAUGACAAUGAAGCAAUGAUAUAUAACAGAGCAAGGUGUUAUGUUUACAACAAAAAGGGACGGCUGGUAAACGCACCGUAUGUGGACAAUUCUUACAAGUGGGCUGGUGGUGGCUUCCUGUCAUCAGUGGGUGACCUUCUGAAAUUUGGAAAUGCCUUGUUAUACAGUUACCAAGCCGGACAAUUUAAAAACACUAAUGACAAACUUCUUCCUGGGUACCUCAAACCAGACACAGUCGCAAUGAUGUGGACCCCAGUGCCAAAAACAGAAGUAUCGUGGGACAGGGAUGGUAAAUACGCAAUGGCUUGGGCUGUAGUAGAGAAAAAACAACAAUGUGGCUGUUGCAGACAGCAGAGACACUACGCAUCUCAUACGGGUGGUGCAGUGGGCGCAAGUAGUGUCCUCCUCAUUCUUCCUGAAGAGCUGGACUCUGAAGCUGUAGAUACUGGGCUAGUGGCACCACCUAGAGGAGUAAUUGUUAGUAUUAUCUGUAAUAUGCAAUCAGUUUCACUCAACGGCACUGCCUUAAAGAUUGCGAGGGAAUUUGACAAAGAAAAAUGGGCACAAUACAUGGAUUAAAAAAAGAGGGACGCGUAACUGCUCUCACUGUACUGAAACAUGAGAAACAAAUGGAGAAGGGUGUAAUUGGACUUUGAGAUCACUAAGAAUACGUGAAGAAAAAGCAUCAAAAAUUCACUUAAUUAACUUCUGAUAGUGGUGCUAAACUUAUGUCUAACUGGAAUUCAUCUCUCAGGGAAGUUCCUAACUUACAGAACAGGAGAAUGUAACAGUCAAACUUGACUUCCUGUAGUCCCUGUGUAAAUUACCGUUGUAUUAACAAGUUUUUUUCUCAUCCAGUCAAGCAUUUGAGCAACUAGCAUUGGUUUCUUAUGCUGAGAAGUACAACAAUAAAUCAUCUACCUUAAAUGUUAAAUUUUUGAAAAAAUUCACAUCUCUAUUUGAGCACAAAAUAAUUCGUUAUUCUCACAGUUCCAGUCUGCCAAAACUGUUCAGUAUUACUUUUUAAAGAACAAUGGUUUUACUGUUGAUUUUUACAUUUUCACAUAGCACUUUUCUUACUUGCUUAAAAAGCAAAAAAAACGCCAACAAAACCCAAAUCCUGAAGCUACAUCCAGGAUGCAGAUUUAUACCAGAAGUACUCUUUUGUCAGAGCUGUGGAUUGUUAAGAAUUAGAAAAGAAUGAAGCUAGAGUAAUGUAAGUAAAAAUCUUUUUGUUAUUUAGAUGUCCUCUCCAUUUUUAUUGGACACAGAGAAUGUGUGAAACUAGUUUACUGUGAAAUAAAGGUAUAAUUUCCACAGUCAAAUAUGCCCGAAUAGCUGACAGCACAUGGUGAGCUGUCAAACUGUCUCAUUGUCUUUGAAGGAUACACAUGCUAACUUCGGUAGCCAGAAAUGGCACUAUAUUCUGUCAAGUAGGUAUUCCUUUAGAUAUAGGAAUUAGGAACUCAAUAACUUGAAGCCAGUAGUAGAAGUCUUACAGACUUUGAGAGGUUUUUUUGAAAACCAUCCUUUUUUUCCAUUUGGAGACGUGUUACUUUAGCACAAGGUUGAAACAACAAAUUGUGACAGAGUUCCAAAGAAGCAUUUUCUAAUCUUCAAUUUUACUAUAGGAAUACAGUAACAUCUGAAUGUGUUAAUUUUAUAUAUUCCGUAAUGGCAUGGAAGAUCUCCAUGAUCUCCAAGAUCUACCCCCACCCCACUUCCCCUGCCGUUACAGCAGACAGUAUUUCCAGGCUGAGACAAACCAAAAUAUGCUUCAGGAAGGGUUUGAAGUUAGUGCUUCUAGUAUUCUAGCUUCUAAUGCUUCUAGCUUCAUAGUUGUUACCUGCCCGGUGGUAAAACAACAUGCUGUCGUCUCUGUUCCCCAUAUGUCUAUGAUGACAUUUAUUACCUAAGACUGACAAACUGGGAAAUUUAAUAUUUUGAGGUGUCAGUGUUAUACCUACAUUUUGAAUUGAAGCUAGUAGGACUGGUUUAGUACUCUUCAUAAUUGUAAUCAUUCUUGUGCCUUAAAACAGUAAAAGCUUACACCUAAACUAUUUGCUUGGGUUUUCUGGCCCACUCACCAAAAAUUCACUUUUUUCAUUCAUUAACGAUGGGUUGUCUUCACCUCAAGAAUAUCAAAUCAGUAGAGACAACAGAGAGAACCCUUCUGAACAAACUGUCAUUUGGUCAGGCAGUACAUUACAUACCCUUCCACUGAGGUCUUUGGUAUUGUUUGGGAGUUCCAAUACAGAAGUACUGGAGGUGAGCGUCUUCCACAACAGCAACAUUUUUUUUUUUCCAGUCUUGAGCACCUGCUAGCUGGGUAAAUGUGCAGCAGCAGAAGUCAUUGCCCGUUUUACACAGGGAACGAGAGUAAGUAGUUCUACGUUGUUUUCAUGUUGAAGAAUACAUGAAUAGAAAUAGACCAAAUACAAUGUUUUAAAUGUAGAAAACCUGAAAAGUAAUGCUGUUAUUUUAGGAUUUAUAACAUACCUUUUUGCAAGUGGUAUUUACUCUUUAAAACCAUUUUGCAUACUUGAGAGAAAACAAGGUUUACGCACUGACCGUUGUGUUUGCAUUUAGAGAACGAUGAAGAAUGUAGAAGGCAUAGGUUUACUGUUACGGUUGUCUGCAUAUGACCAAACACUAAUAAAUGUAAAUAUUUGAUGUAUGAAAGCAAAUAAUGGUAAGAAGUGUCCUAAGGAAUUUCUAACACCAAGAUCUUAAUGACAGUGUCUCACUCCCCUCAUAAGUUACGUUUAGCCAACAACUUUUUAUAUGUAUACCACGUUUUUUAUGCUGUAUCUCCUGUAACUUAGGGCUUUUAAAAAAAACCUCAGUUGUCACAUGUACAGUCUUGGAGAUGCUAUGAUGUCUGAAUUUCAUCUUCCAGUACCUGUAACAAAAUGGGUCACUGACUUUCUCUGAUUCGGUAUUUACUUAUCAUGAGUCUUAUAUUUUAGGGUAGAAGAAGAGAAGGCAAAGAUAUGGAAGACUAGGAAUCAAUCUGGCCGCAGCACAUGUAUUCAGGAUACAAGUGAAUUAAUAUUGCUACUUUGAUCUUUGUCCUGAAACCAGUUAUUUGAUGGACCAGCAUUAAGUAUGGGAAACUGGCCAAUUAAGAGCAGCUGUUACGAUUAACUUGCUCUUAAAUUAACCUUUAUUGUGAAAACACAGUAUGGUACUGACAUAAAGCUGUACUUUUCUUAAAAGGCACAUAUGCUAAAUUGGCGCAUCUAUUUCUGUAUCAAAACAUCUGCUUUUUGCAUCUGAUAAUUAUAGGUGUUCACUGUUUGAAUUAACUGAAAUAAAACUUAUCUAGCAAAUGCAACAAGUUGUAAUACUGGGUUUUGGGGUUUUUUAUUCACUAAGAAACAUACGUAUUUUAAAAGUCGUAAAAAAUAAUACAGGUUAAAUAGAAAUUCCCAACAAUAAUUAGCUCGGCAAGAUAACCGAUACUUUGAAAAAGAUGUUGAUACUUAACUUAAGAUAUUAUUUAGUAAAAUAAGAUACAUGUAAGACUUUGAAUGUUUUCUCAUGGCUUAAAAAAAAUCCACUUUUUAACAGCCAUUUAGAAAGGGAUGGCUUUAAAAAACUAACUAAAACCCUGUUUCCUUGUUGCCAAAAGGUAAUUAUUUAAUAUCAGUAUUUAAUACUGAAAACAUGCAUGGUUUUGCUGUACUAGUUUUUUUAUUGCCUGGAUACCAUUCAUGGCUGUUAGUGUAGUUUGCUGACUUACUGUUGUUUAUAUACACCAUAUGCCUUCUCUAUACCAAGUGCUCUCAGUGUUUUGCAAAAGACUUUUUUUUCUUUAUGGAAGUCUCAGUAUAGAAUACCAAAUGGAGUUUCGAGAUCAGAUUAGAGGGAGGGAAAAAACAUGCAUUCCACAAAAACAGGUGAACAUGAGUGAGUAACUUUAUAUUUUUAUUUAUCGCCACGUUACUCAACAUAGUAAAGGGACUAAAGCAACGUUGAAAGCAAAUGAGCCAUUUUAAAUCUAUCUAAUCUAGGGUAGUUGCAGUAAUAAAGUAUACAAAAUGCACUCUUAGAGCAGUUUCUGUCACCAAAAGCAUUACACUGCUGUAGUUGAUGAUUAACGAGGGGAAGGAUGCAGCAAUUCCAAGGUUUUUAUAUUACAUGAUGCCACUCAAUUAACAAUACACUGUUUAAAAGUAAAAUUACAAAAAUAGAGCUCAGUUGUCUGCAAACUUGCAGGAAAAACUUGCACUUUAAAUCAUUUAUUGAAAAAGAGAUUCCAGCUCAUUAGUCACCAAUAGCAUGUAAUUUUUACAAAAUCAACUGUAAUUACAUUGGUAUAUUAACAGGCAUUUUUAAACCAGUAAGGCUUUCAGGAACGCAGAUCCGAAACCACAUGCUGAAGUGUUCAGUGUUGCUUUCUUCUAAAUGAACAGCCUGUAAAGAAAUCAUAUGAGUAUAGAUACGAAUAGACCCUAAAUUGUUAGACUGCCUUGGAAAUUUGCCCGCCCAACUUAAGUAGGAAAAUUCGUGCAAUAAAUUUAAAUUUCAUGUACCACAAGAGGUGAAGAUUUGUCACUCUGAGUUUGCUCUAACUCAACCGGAACAAUAUGGCUGUCGUACAAUUAAUCUUAAAAUAAGGCUAAGGUGUACUAUUUCUUUUCUUCCAGAUGCCUUUUAAAAUUUCAGUCUACUGUUCCAUCCCUUUAGUGAUACAAACCCCAAACUGAAACAGCUGCUAGGAGUGUUGAUACCUUUUCAACUGCUCAACAGCCUUAUAUCAGGUACUCUGUCCUCAUAUAAACUACAUUCAUAUAUGGUAUAUGCACUAAGAUAUGCAGUUUGCAUAUAUAUUUACCUUUUGACCUUCAAACAAAACGUGAAUAAAAUCUGGAUUUGUUCUUUAA